GCAAUAUUCGCGCCUCCAUUUUUCUAGGAGAAAGCGGGAGACCGCGAGAGCCAGAGCAGCGGCUGGCAGGGAACUCAUCAUCCUCUUCUCCGAGAUGUACAGAACCAAAGUGGGCCUGAAGGACCGGCAGCAGCUCUACAAGCUGAUCAUCAGCCAGCUGCUUUAUGAUGGCUACAUCAGCAUCGCUAACGGCCUCAUCAAUGAGGUCAAACCGCAGUCCGUGUGCGCGCCCUCUGAGCAGCUCCUACACCUCAUCAAGCUAGGAAUGGAAAAUGAUGAUACUGCAGUGCAGUAUGCAAUUGGCCGUUCAGAUACAGUGGCCCCCGGCACGGGCAUUGACUUGGAGUUUGAUGCCGAUGUCCAGACCAUGUCCCCAGAGGCGUCAGAGUACGAGACCUGCUACGUCACAUCCCAUAAAGGGCCCUGCCGGGUGGCCACCUACAGCAGAGAUGGACAGUUAAUAGCCACCGGCUCAGCUGAUGCCUCCAUAAAGAUCCUCGACACUGAACGCAUGCUGGCUAAGAGUGCAAUGCCAAUAGAGGUCAUGAUGAAUGAGACCGCCCAGCAGAAUAUGGAAAACCAUCCAGUGAUUCGAACUCUCUAUGACCACGUGGAUGAGGUCACGUGUCUCGCUUUCCACCCAACAGAACAGAUCCUGGCCUCGGGUUCACGGGAUUACACUCUUAAAUUGUUCGAUUAUUCCAAACCGUCUGCAAAAAGAGCCUUCAAAUACAUUCAGGAAGCAGAAAUGUUGCGUUCCAUCUCCUUCCAUCCCUCUGGGGACUUCAUACUUGUCGGGACCCAACACCCUACUUUGCGGCUUUACGAUAUCAACACAUUUCAGUGUUUCGUCUCAUGUAAUCCUCAAGACCAGCACACAGACGCCAUAUGCUCUGUGAGCUACAACCCAAGUGCCAACAUGUAUGUUACUGGGAGCAAGGACGGCUGCAUCAAACUAUGGGAUGGUGUGUCCAAUCGCUGCAUCACAACCUUUGAGAAGGCCCAUGAUGGUGCGGAAGUUUGUUCUGCCAUCUUCUCCAAAAAUUCCAAAUACAUUCUCUCCAGCGGAAAAGACUCUGUAGCUAAGCUCUGGGAAAUAUCGACAGGACGAACGCUGGUCAGAUACACAGGUGCCGGGCUGAGUGGACGGCAGGUGCACAGGACACAGGCCGUCUUCAACCAUACCGAGGACUACGUGCUACUGCCCGAUGAGAGGACCAUCAGCCUCUGCUGCUGGGACUCGCGCACGGCCGAGCGCCGGAACCUGCUCUCACUGGGCCACAACAACAUCGUGCGCUGCAUCGUGCAUUCACCCACCAACCCGGGCUUCAUGACCUGCAGUGACGACUUCCGGGCACGCUUCUGGUACCGCAGGUCCACCACUGACUGAGC